AUGAAAAAUAUAACCUGGACAAGGGGGUAUCUGAUCCAAGAUUAGCACUCCUAAUCUGAGACAAUUGAAAUUUACGCAGCCCAAUUCUGAUAUUUUUUUUUACUAAUUGGUCUUUUGAUCGAUCAGAUCAGGUCUGAAAAAGAUCUGAUGUCAAAACACAGCCAUACUGCCCCAGAUUUUCUGAUGGUUUCUUUUUAAUAUGCUGUAUGCAUGGGUUCAACCCAAUUCAUCACGUUACGAAACUAAGAGGAGACCUUUGGUCGGUUCUUGGACCAGUCCUUCAGAUAUUGUUAAUAAUUAACUCUUUCAGUGAUCUAGUACUAGUGCAGCUCAGUACAAAGCCUGUUGUUGAUCUAUUGCUCAGUGAUCAGUUGGAAUAGGGUUUUUAUCUGAGUAAGAAGACCGAACUCAUCAGGCUUUUGUAUUUUCCCACAUCAAUCACAACAAGGAAAGCACCUCAUAGUAAAGCAAGUUCCUGAUCCCUCCCUCUCCCGUCCCAUCUCCAGGGGACUUCUUAUUGGUUCUGACACACCACACAGCUCUCUUUGACCCUAUGUAACCCUGGCUCCCUUCAUAAACAGCCUCAUUCGCAAACACACAUUCCCAUGAAGCCACUGCGCCGCCCCUUCCUCUCUCUAUCUGGGGCCUGUCUCAUACUAGCCUGGCCAAGCACCUAGUGGUUUCCCUGGAACUGGCCCUAUGAAGAAAGAGAAUCUCCUGCGAUGAAUGAGAUCCUAGUGAAGGAGCAGAUCAGUCUCUGUGUCUGUGUCUCUGCUGAGUCGCUGGAAGGAGCACUAGGCUAGCGGAGCAGACGACAGCAGAGCACCAUGACCUACCGGAUGUUUGAGGAGAAACACCAUGCCUCCAUCUACCAGAGGUACCGCUUUGUACCCCCAGAGGAGAUCAGAGACAUCAUCCUGCAUUACCUGGAAAGGAAGAAUGUCCAGCCUCAUGCCCUAGCUGUGGACCUGGGCUGUGGGACAGGGCAGAACUCACGCCUGAUGGCCCCACACUUCCAGGAGGUGGUGGGCAUCGACAUCAGCGAGUGCCAACUGGAGGAGGCCAGGGCAGUGACAGGGUUCAACAACAUCACCUACAGGAAAGGGACAGCUGAGGAGCUGCCGUUUCCGGAUGCUUCUGUGGACCUACUGACUGCAGCCUCAGCGGCCCAUUGGUUUGACCAGCAGCGGUUCCUCUUGGAGGCAGGCUGGGUCCUGAAGCCUUGUGGCUGCAUGGCUCUGCUUGGCUUUGCUGAUAACUUCAGACUCCAUUACGGCUCAUGUGGGGACAGACUCACUGACAUCUAUGAGGAGGUCACAAACAAAACUAAAAUGACAUUUGUUUUUAUGGUAACAAACCAAUGCCACUUCAUCAGUUUAGUGUGUCAUAUGUUUAUUUUCAGUGGGUUAUAAGUACAGUUGUUUUCAUGUAAAGAAUGCUUAUUUAUUCAGACGUGUAGAAUUGCAGGAAGUUAGCUGCAAAACAUCUCAUUUCUCUCAACACCUGUUAGAAAACCACUGUGUCUUUGGCAUAAAAAUAAGUGUAAUUGUCUCGCUGAAAAUAAACCUCUAUCCCAGGGUUAGGUUUUCAUAAGAAUGAGGUGGGUUUUCCUUGAACUUUUUACCUGGGUUUUGCUCCUUUUAUAUAUUUUUUUAAUCCUGACAAACUGUGGAGGCAGUAUCAUGUUAUGGGUAUGCUUGUCACGGAAGGGACUGGGGAACUUGUUAGGAUCAAAAGAUAUGUGAAUGGAGCAAUGCCCAGGUAAAACCUUAGAGCAUAAGGUUGGUAGAAUCUUAUUCAAAAUGAUUCAUAGCUGUAAUGGGUAUGAAAGGUGCUUCGAUCCACCAAGUAUUGACUCUGGGGUGUGACUGAAGACAUAUGCAAUCAAUACAGCCUCAAUACAGUCAUUUGGAAAAUGUUCUAUAAUUUAUUUCACUUUCAAAAUGUGGAGUAGGUUGUGUAGAUCAAUAGAAAACUAUUAUCCUUUUUAGAUGUAAUUUUAAGGCAGCAAAAUGUGUGCAAGGGGUGUGUAGACUUUCACUAACGACUGUAUGCUAUCAAGCCAGUUGAAAACAUAAGAAUUGCAUUAUUGAAACGUGACUUUAAGUGAAUAAUUACUCUUAAGAUCUCCCAUCGGCAAAGUUUUAAAUGGACAUAGACUUUCCUUCUGCAGAAAGUCCAUGAUUAUAUCCCGAUACCCACAAGAGCAGGAUCUGUCCACUCUCUCUGUCUGAAAGGAUCAUUGAUUGGGUGGUUUCUGACAAGACGUUUGGUGAUAAUGUUGGUAGUAAACACUUUACUGCAACAAAAAAAAUGCAUGGUUGACAUUUCAACUAGCCCUUUUAUGUACUUAUACAGUAAUUGUAACGGCUUUCGUCGUCAGAUGAGAAGAGUAGUCGGACCAAAGCGCAGCGUGGUAAGUGUUCAUGUUUGUUUAUUGAACUGACCACUAAUACAAAAUACUAAAUGAAACCGAAACAGUCCCACAAGGUGCAAACACUAAACAGAAAAUAACUACCCACAAAACCCAUGUGGGAAAAAGCUACCUAAGUAGGGUUCCCAAUCAGAGACAACGCUAGACAGCCGUCCCUGAUUGAGAACCAUACCCGGCCAAAACAAAGAAAUACAAAACAUAGAGAAAGGACAUAAAAUGCCCACCCAAAUCACACCCUGACCAAACCAAAAUAGAGACAUGAAAAGCUCUCUAUGGUCAGGGCGUGACAGUAAUCCUCAGUGACAUAUGCUAUCACUUAACCGGCCACUCGAAUGGCAAAAUUAUUGAAACUUUGCUUUGGAAGAAUUCCUCUUAAAGUAACUGUCCAUUAGUGUAUUUUCUCCAAUUUAUGCUUUGGCCACAAAUACGAGUAAAGGAUGAGUUAAUAACAUUAUUUGGGUAUUAACAGACUAUGAACUUUUAACAAUGAGAUUUUCCCUGGACACUUAUUUUAAGACUCCCCUCAGCAAUUAAUGAAAUUGUAUUGGCUAGAAGGUUUCAUUCAAUAAACUGAGACUUCACUUCUGCAGAAAUUCCAUGAUUAUACUCCAAUACACAUGCCAGCAGGAUACACCAGAUUAUUCUUAUUGAACUGAGUCUCAUAGUCAUCAUGCUUCAUGUGUCCACUCUCUCUGUCUGUAAGGAACAACGGUGAAAGGGGUGUUUAAAUAUGUUCUAAUGUAAAAAUGCAGCAAGAAAAUAGCCAUGAGAAAGAGGGAGUGCAGAGUUCAUAAGCCUAUGGUCUAGUCCUAAAACAUUGAGCUCGGAACACAGAAAAGUCUCCUUUUUGGUACAAGUGCCCAUUAAUAGACCACAUGGAGAAUUCAAUAAGACAGAUUUUUUUUUAUGAAUACAGAUUUGCUAAAGUGCCAAAGUGCAUUUUGACUCUGACUUCUAGGAGGAAUUUAACCCUAACAUUUCUCUAUUUUUUGACCAUAAUUGUAAAGCCAUAGUAAUUUGUUGCUUUGACAAAGUUAUCUCCAAAGAUUAUUAUUAAUUUCAUGUGAUUAGUGGUUCAGUUACGUCUGUCCUUCAUUUUAAAGUCAACCCUUUUACGUGAACUAAAAUGGUGAAGCUAUAAUAUAUAUUUUUUCUUCUUGAAAUUCUCUCAAAAAAAAACAUUGAACAUAGUCAAAUCAUAGUGUGAAAGCAGGUGAGCUGGUUGUACUAUUUUUGGCAAUUUGCUGGUGUUUUGUGGUGGUAAACUGAGUAGGUUGAGCGUAACAUGUCAACUCUGUUACCCAUAGAUAGACAGGCUAGAAAUGUUUGAACAAUUUAACCAUUUUUGUGAAACUUUAAGAUAAAUAAUGAAAUCGUCAACCCUGUUACGGUCAACCCUGCUUCUUUAUUUGCCACUUAAAGUGGAAAUCAGCAGUAGAAACAAUUACAAAGCUGUUCCCCUCUCCUGUUUGGGUGAAAAGCUGAGGGAUGGGGCUGGAGAACUGUAACCACUCUGAAAUAUCAAAAUGAUCGUUUAACUGUGUUUUGAGGCUAUAUGGCGUUUGUUAAAAUGUACUUUGUUUACCAACAUUGGAAUAGAGCAAGCUUAUAUUUUGGGUUCUGAUGGUGUAUGACAGUUGAACUAAGUUCAUGAGGCAUUUAUAAGUUAUAUUCUUGAAAGAAUCAAUGGUAACAUAUCAUUCAUUUAUAAGUCCAAAAAUGGAUGUAGCAACUGCUGAUUGCCCCUUUAACAGUCACUUACUAUAGUCAUUUUUCUUUUUUUAACCUCUUGAAUUGGGUAAAAGUAUUUUUAUGAAGUUGAACGUGUGUUAUUUAUGAAAGAAUGGUAAGAUGAGGUGAAAUCAAACCAAGUUACACUUCUCAAAAUGCAGCAAAUUGGUGGAACAACGCUAUUAUGAGCAGCAUGAUGGAACACAGAUUUUUACAUUGCACUAAAAUUAGAACUAUCAAGGCAUGGACACAUAAAACUGAAAGUUACUGUAACUGUUCCUCUCCUUGUUUGGGCGGCGUUCGACGUCACCGGUCUUCUAGCCAUCGCCGACCCACCUUUCUUUUUCCAUUUGUUUCCCAUGUCUGUGUGUGAAAUUGUUUGUUGUAAUGUGUUUGUGCACUCUGACUGGUUCUCUGACUGGUUCUCUGACUGGUUCGCAACGGGUUAUUUUGCACCCAUAUCUUGUUGUUCUGGGUGCCGUUGGUUCUGCAUAUUAAACUGCUCCGGUAAUUACCCAGUUCUGCUCUCCUGCGCCUGUCACCCCUGCAGCCAGUCAAGCACCACUUACGGUAGCUUCAUGUUUUUUGUCAGCAUUUAUAAUUAUUUUCUUUAUCUUUCUGUACAAGUGUAUGUAAUGAAAAAUAAUCGAACAAAAAAUAAACAUAAAAACAAUAAAUAAACAUAAAGGCUGCAAAUAAAUUCAGUGCAGUUCCUUCCUAUUUCUAUGGA